UGGUUCUGCUGAUACCCUUGUCAGGACCCACUUGGACAAGGUCACCUUCAGAGGCAGACCACCACACAGAUUCUGCACUCUGCUCUUCCUCACUGAAGAUGCAACAACCCGCUUCCAACUAUCCUCUGGAAAAGGACAAAGACAUACCAGUGGAAGAGUGGCACUUGAAUGUGGAAACUGAACAACCCCAGUGUGGCCCAGAGAACAGCAAGUCCGACAGUGUCCCCUGGAAGCUUCUAGCAACAGAGCCUCUUAGCUGCAUGGAGAAGACGGAGUCACCCUGCCCAGAGGUGCAGCCCCAAGGCUGCAGGGCCUAUCCUCAGGCCCCGCUGAGGAGUCUAUCGAAGAAGCACUGUGAGAACCAGGGGAAUCUUCUCCACUUUGACCGGCAAGCCCCAGGCCGCAUUUCCACCUCUCCCACUCUCAGGAGAUUAAGGGGCAGCGGCUAUGGGACUGCACGUUUGCUGCCUCAGCAAGAGACCUUGGAAAUGCCCCCCCGGGGAAGCUGGAAGGAGCUUGCAGGCUCCCCAUGUUACAUCUCCAAGAGUCUACCUGGAAGCCCAAAGGAGUCUUCACACUCCCUAUCGCCCCUGAGACUCCACUCAAGAUUACUCACAGACCCUGAAAGGACCCUCAACACAGCUGACCCAUUCGAGCCCCAAAAGGGGCCCACUGAUGAGGAUGCCCUUCCCGUGCUUCAGCCCACCGAGGAGCGGUCACUUCCUCAGGCCCUUCUUCCAAGGAGGGGAGGCCACUCACCACCCAGCCCCGCCCCACGGCCCCCUAGUCCUCAGGGUGAAGAAUUGCAUCAAUCCAGGUUCUAUGAGCACAGGCGGAGUUCUGUAGUGCUCAACUUACCUGGACUGGAGGUGUUCCCCGGGGACCUUCUGGUGUCAGAUGGAGCUGCUGAUUACCUGUGCCACCCACUUCUGCUGCUGAAUUCAGAAUCCAAAAAGCCAAGAUGGCCUUUCUCCAAGAGAGGAGUGGGCAAAGACAAACACAAGCAUGUGUCUGAUCUGGAAAACUGCCUCUCCUCUGUGAAGAUUACAGACUUCAGGGCCCAUGAGUUUCACAGCCUUAAGGAUAAGACCUGGAAUGAAAUCAUGGAAACAUAUCAAAAACGUCCUACUGAUCAAUUAGACUUGAGAAAGCAGCAAGAGGCUGUGUGGGAACUUUUCACAAGUGAAUGCAGUUAUUUCUUGGACCAUUUAUUAGUUCUUAAGAUGAUCUUCAUGAAUACACUAAAAUAUCUACAAACUCAUGAAUAUCUCCUGGAUGUGGAUUUAUGGAGACUUUUUGCAAACCUGGAGGAGUUAAGUCAGACAAGCUUCAGUUUUGUGAACGGUCUUUUCGGCAUCAUCAAGGGCUAUGUUGACGCUUCUGAGACUUCACCAUCAAUGGAUUUCAUUUCCGUGCUCACGAAGUAUUUCCGAGGAAACCUCUGUCAGAGCCACCAGACCUACUGCCUGAAUUACUCAGCGGCUGUCUUUUAUCUUGAGAGCCUGAGGCAGAGAGAUGACUUUGGAAUUUAUUUAAAAUGGUGUGAGCAAAAUGAACAGUGCAGACGGCUUCACCUGCCUGAGCUACUAGUGGCCCCACUGCACAGGCUGACUCGAUACCCCCUGUUGCUGAAGAAUAUCUGGAAAAGGAGUACAGACUCUACUGAGAAAAUCCUGAUCUACUCCAUCAAGGAAAAGGUGGAAAAGUCAAUCCGGGAUCUUGAAGGAAAAGUGAAGUGGCUUGACAAUUUCCAAAAAUGUAGACAUCUACAGGAGAUUAUAGUGUGGCCUCCACUUUGGGAUAGAGAUAAAAGGUUUUUCAUUCCAGAGUGCCUGAGACAUGUUUUUAAAGAACACAUGGCAGAAAAUAUCUUGUCACCAACCAACAGACACCUUCUCUAUGAAGGAAAAUUAACUCUUGCAGAAAGCACAAGAUUCCUAGAUGUUUAUCUGUUUCUCUUUGAUGAUUUCCUCUUAGUUACGAAAACUAAGCGCAACAAAAAGAAACUUGCAGGCUCAGACAUUGCUUUAAUGUGUCCUUCACUUACUCCUGAACUGCAAACAGUAAUAAAAGAGGGUGGUUCGUGUACAGUGCUCGAUCAGCCCAUUCCACUAGAUAGAUUGGUGGUCAAAAGUAUCGAUCCACUCCACGUGUCAGUCUUUGGGCUGAGAAAUGCUUUCCUUAUACAACAUGAAAACAGAUAUCAACAGUGUAUAGCAGCAUUCUUAUUACAAGCCCAAACGGAAAACAUCAAAAAAACAUGGAUGACACAAAUAACAGCAGCUGUCUCUUGCUUCACCAAGAGUCAAGAAACCAAGAAAAUAUCUUCACUCACAUUGCCUGCAGAAUCCUCUGAAAUUUAGGGACCUAAAACAAGUGGCACACCUUUUUAGACAUUAGGAAUUAAGGUAUUCUUUCAUUCAAAUCUUUGUAACACUUAUCUAGUGAUAAGCUAGAAGGAAAUGUUCAUUUUAUAGGAGUUCCAGAAUUUGAGCUGGGAAAAUCCUCAGUAUAGAGGAAUAAUGACUGCAAUAAAUUUGAACUCUGAGGAAUUUCUU